CCAAACUGAGCAAAUAGCAGCCAGAGAUUGGAAAAGGAUGCAUACUAAUAGAUAUAUCAGAGUUACCCAUUAGCUAGGGAUAACCCCAUCAUCAUUCAUUUUCAUUCCCUUCUCUUUUAGCUGCCAUUAACGUGUUUUCAGGAAUCAUUCUAGCCAUCCAUUUCUGGUAAUACAAGGAAUUAAGAAGAAUUAAUAUGGCGAGAAAGAAGAUACCGAUCAAGAAGAUCGAUAACAUAAACGCGAGGCAGGUAACAUUCUCAAAGAGGAGAAAAGGUCUUUUCAAGAAGGCUCAGGAACUGUCAACUCUUUGCGAUGCUGAGAUUGCUCUCAUAGUCUUUUCCACCACUAGCAAACUCUUUGAGUACGCUAGUUCAAGCAUGCAACAAAUACUUGAAAGGCGUGAUCGGCAUUCAGGGAUUCAAGGAUUAGUUAAUCCAUCUAUUGGUCAACAGCUUGGAAGUGACUCCCUUGGCAUCCUGCGAAAGGAAAUAGAACAUAAGACUAAUGAAAUGAGUCAGUUGAAUGGGGAAGAGAUCCAAGGAUUGACAAUAAAAGAAUUGCAGAAAGUGGAGGAACUUCUUCAAAGACGUUGGACCACUAUUUCAAAAAUUAAGGAUGAAAAAAUUAUACAAGAGAUCAAUCACCUUAAAACAAAGGAAGCCAAACUUAUGGAAGAGAACCAGAAAUUGAAGCAGAGCUUCGUACGAGAACAAAGGCAACCAUACGAGUCAUUUACCUGCAGUUCAUCUGAAUUUCCUCCAGACUGUGGUAAUUCUGACACAUCUCUCAAGCUGGGGUUGUCUUUAUUUGAAUGAAACAAAAAUGUUGGUUCAGAAGACUAUAGUGAGAAGUUAACGCAUUUGGUUCUAUUUCUGUCUCAGCCAAGAUCAAUGUUGUUUUUUCGUAUUUAACAAUUUGCUGGUGAGUGGAGUGCAUGUAAUGCUAGAUUUUACAGGGAAAAAAUUCACAGCUGGAGCAACUUAUUUGCUAAACUAAACAGAAUAUUGCAGUUGCCAUUAUGUCAGAUGUGAUAACCCAGUGUUUGGUUUAUUUUUAUUUUUUGAAAAAUAAAUAAAUAUUAUUUGUCUUUCUUCAUAA